AUGUCCUCGUCCUUUUCCCGCCGGCGAACGCGCGACCACCUCGGCUCGGACGACGAUGACGGCAACACGACAGCAUCAUCUGGCGCCAAUACACCGAAUAAGCGCCCCCGCCUCAAGACCAACGGUGACGCUCCCGAGACAAAUGGCUCGGUGCUCAAUGACUUCUCGCCCGGCGCCAUUGUGCGGGUGACGGUCGAGAACUUUGUGACGUACGAAAAGGCUGAAUUCUUUCCCGGACCGAACCUGAACAUGGUCAUCGGCCCCAACGGCACGGGCAAGAGCUCGCUCGUGUGCGCGAUAUGCCUAGGGCUGGGCUACAGCCCGAAGCACCUCGGACGGGCCGGGUCGAUCAAGGAGUUUGUCAAGCACGGCAAGGACACGGCGACCAUUGAGAUUGAGCUGUGCAAGCGGGAGCAGGACCGAUCCAACCACGUGAUUCGGGUGCAGAUCCGACGAGAGCAGAACAACCAGAAGUGGUGGCUUAACGGGAAAGAGACGACGCACAAGACUAUCCAGAACCUGAUGCGCCAGCUCAAGAUCCAGGUUGACAACCUGUGCCAGUUCCUGCCGCAGGACCGAGUCGUCGAGUUCGCCGCCAGCACCCCCAUCGACCUGCUUCACGAGACGCUGCGCGCCGGCGCACCCGAGGAGAUGCUCGUAUGGCAGGGGCAACUUCAGGGCCUGCACAAGGAUAAGAAGGAGCUCACGGCAUCCAUCGAGGCCGACUCGGACAGCCUCAAAAACCUAGAGAACCGCCAACAAGGAUUGCAGGCGGACGUGGAUAGAAUCCGCGAACGAGAGGAGAUCCAGACGAACGUCGAGAACCUCAGAGCGGCGCACCUCAUGUGCCGCUACCAGGAGGCCCGCGAGGCCUUCAGGGCCGCAAAGGAGCGCAAAGCCAAGGCCCAGAGGUCGCUCAGGCGCUUGGAGAGCGAGAGCGGGCCCUCGCUCGAGGCCGUCAACCGCAAGCAGGAAUACGCCAGGAAAGUGGGGAAUCUGAUCCCGGCCAGGAGGGCGAUCGUCAAGGAAGCCGAGAGGAAAUCUCAAAACCUGGCGGCGGCAAUGAUCACGGCCGCGGACCAAGUCAAGGAGUUCCAGGAUAAGAUCGAUGCUGAGCGCACCGGGUUCGAAGCCAAGAAGAGAGAAUUGGCGGGCAUACGGGCCAAGAUUACCAGUCUCCAGGCGGACCUGCAAAAUCAACCGCCCGAGUUCAAUGGUGGCGACUGGAACCAGAAGAUUAGAGCUGAGGAUCACAUCAAGAGAGAUCUGGAGUCGGAGCGAAGACAGCUCGAAGGCCAGAUUCGCGACCUACGCGACAAGGGCAAGAGACUGAACGGACAUUUGAACAGGAUUGCCGAGGACAUCGAAUCCUUUGACACCUCUCAAGGUCAGCAGCUCGCCUUGAUGAAGAGGAACUUUCCGGACCUAGCCAGGGGAUGGGAGUGGAUUCAGGAGCACCAGGACGAGUUUGAGCAGGAGGUCUUUGGCCCGCCCAUGGUGAGCUGCUCGAUCAAGGAUGAGAGAUACUCGGAUCAGGUGCAGUCACUGCUCCAGAACGACGACUUCUCGUGCUUCACGGUCCAGACCAAGAACGACUACAAGAAGCUGUCAAACCAGCUGUACAAGGUCAUGAGCUUGUCCGUAGUCAUCAGGAGCUGUGCCCACUCUCUCGGCUCGUUCAAGCCGCCCGUCGGACCUGAUCAAGUGCGGGAGCUGGGUCUCGACGGCUUCGCCAUCGACUUCCUCGAGGGUCCUCCUACGGUGCUGGCCAUGUUCUGCGCCGAGAGGGGCCUCCACAGGUCGGGCGUGUCGCUCAGAGACCACGAAGACGCCCAGUACGAGAAGCUGGUGCACAGCGGCGUCGUUAGCCAGUGGGCCGCCGGCAAACAGUCCUACAUGGUCCGCCGUCGUAAGGAGUACGGGCCCCAGGCCAUGACGACGGUGACCAAGAACAUCGGGCGCGGCCGCUUCUGGACGUCGCAGCCCGUCGAUACGCAGGAGAAGGUCGAGAUGAAGAAGCGUGAGGCUGAGCUCAAGGGCGAGCACGCAAUGCUCAAGCAGGAGCACGAUGCUCUGGUUGGGAAGCGCACCGACAUCGACACGCGGAUGGCGGAGAUUGAUGACAAGAUUAUGAACCGCAAGGCUCGUCACGAGACGAGCAUGCGGCAGAUCCGCAAGGUGACGACAGACCUGCAGUACGAGUGGGACAGGGCGGCAGUGCGGCGAGCUGAGGCGGUGAUGCGGCACGCGUCGUCGCUCGAGGCCAUCUCUUCGGCCCACCGGUCUCUCGUGGAGGCGCAGCUGUGGCACCUAGAGGCCGAGUCGGACAUUGAGGGGCUCAAGCGACGCAACGCGCACAUCAUGUCGCAGCUGGAGGAGGAGCGGCGGAUCGUGGUGGAGGCGACGGCGGCGUCGGACGAGGCCAAGGAGCGCGGUCAGCAGCUGGGCAACGAGACGCGGGCCAUCAUGGAGCCGCACGACGAGGCGUGGCGCGCCGUCAUCACCAGCAGCUGCGAGGGCAAGACGGCCGACGAGGUGCACAUGGAGAUGGAGGCCGAGGAGGCCAAGCUGGAGCUGGUGCACGCCGCCAACCCCAACGUCCUGCGCGAGUUCGACCGUCGGGCCGGCGAGAUGGACCGCCUCGCGCGCAAGAUCGAGGGUUCUCGAGAAAAACUGGAGCGUCUGGACCUCGAGAUCGGCAACCUCAUGGCCCGGUGGGAGCCGGGACUGGACCGUCUCGUGUCCAAGAUCAACGACGCCUUUGCCUAUAACUUUGAGCAGAUUAACUGUGCGGGGGAGGUCCGGGUGCACAAGGAUGAUGAUUUUGACCUGUGGGCCUUGGAUAUCAUGGUCAAGUUUCGCGAGAGCGAACAGCUCCAACAGCUCAAUGCCCACCGUCAAUCCGGCGGAGAGCGGGCCGUCUCGACAAUCUUCUACCUAAUGGCCCUCCAAUCCAUGGCCCAGUCCCCCUUCCGCGUCGUCGACGAGAUCAACCAAGGCAUGGACCCCCGCAACGAGCGAAUGGUGCACGAGCGCAUGGUGGAGAUUGCCUGUCGGGAGCACACGUCGCAGUACUUCCUCAUCACGCCCAAGCUUCUCACCGGGUUGAGGUACGACCCCAAGAUGAGGGUACUGUGCAUCGCCAGCGGGGAGCAUAUGCCCCGUGAGGGUAGCAAGCUCGAUUUCAAGAGGUGUCUACGCAUUCAGAAGAGUCUCAAGAAGCGCGUGAGGUAG